CAACUGGUUAGAAAAGUUGUCAAUCCCGUCCACAUUUCCGCUACGUGCACCCCCUCCACCUCCAAUCCCUCCCAUUUCCAACCACUUGCUUUUCCAGCUGCUUUGAGGUCAGUCAGAAUCCGUGAAACUGUCCGGCGAUCAGUCACACGGACGCGAGGAAAGGGUGCUGAAAAUCACGCUAGCCCUGUGUAACAUGUCAUUAUGCUGCUCUGUCUGUCCAGAUCCGUCGGCGGGUGACUAAAAGACAGCUUGAAGGGCUGGAUUGCCUCUUGCUGAAACAAGCUGUGGACAUUUGCCCAAGGAAAGGGUUACUUGUUUGGGAGGAAACUCUUCCAGUGCGCGCUCUGUUUUGAUCGCAUUGACGGCGGAAUUACAGUCGGAAUCGCUCGGAACUCGGACGAUGAACAUUUGCGGCGUUUGGCUUUUGGGAUUUUCAGCCUGAGCAACUUGAAAAAUCUCUGGGAUGCACUUGCCUCUGUAGGACGACCUGGAAAUUGAAAAAGCCCCAACAUAAGCCCGUUUACAAACAUUCUCACAGCUGAACUAUUGAUAUUUCUAUUCACUAGUGAAAAUGUCGAAUCCUCUGAAGUUUAAAAAGGAAAAAGAGAUCAUUACAGAUUACGAGACUCAAGUCAAAGAGAUUCGAGCCCAACUGGUGGAACAGCAGAAAUGUCUGGAGCAGCAGACAGACAUGAGGGUCCAGCUCCUUCAGGACCUCCAGGACUUCUUCCGCAAGAAGUCAGAGAUCGAGAUGGAGUACUCACGGAACCUGGAGAAGCUUGCCGAGCGCUUCAUGGCCAAGACCAGGAGCACCAAGGACCACCAGCAAUAUAAGAAAGACCAGAAUCUCUUGUCUCCGGUGAACUGCUGGUACCUGUUGCUGAACCAGGUUCGACGGGAGAGCAAAGAUCAUGCGACAUUGAGCGACAUUUAUCUGAACAACGUCAUCAUGCGCUUUAUGCAGAUUAGUGAAGACUCCACACGUCUUAUGAAAAAGAGUAAAGAAAUCACAUUUCAGCUGCAAGAGGAUUUGAUGAAAGUCCUCAAUGAGCUCUACACGGUGAUGAAAACCUACCAUAUGUAUCACACGGAGAGCAUCAGUGCCGAGAGUAAACUGAAAGAGGCAGAGAAGCAGGAGGAAAAGCAGAUCGGACGUGUUGGAGAUCCCGUCUUUCACAUUCGACUAGAGGACAGACACCAGAGACGGAGCUCUGUGAAGAAGAUUGAGAAGAUGAAGGAGAAGAGGCAAGCCAAGUAUUCGGAGAACAAGCUGAAGUCGAUCAAAGCUCGGAACGAAUACCUGCUGACGCUCGAAGCCACUAAUGCUUCAAUCUUCAAGUAUUACAUUCACGACUUGUCUGAUUUAAUAGACUGUUGUGAUCUGGGAUAUCAUGCCUCUCUGAACCGAGCUUUGCGGACCUACCUCUCGGCUGAAUAUAACCUGGAGACGUCUCGUCACGAGGGCCUGGACAUCAUUGAGAACGCAGUGGACAGUCUGGAUCCCCGUAGUGACCGCCAGCGUUUCAUGGAAAUGUACCCUACCGCGUUCUGCCCACCCGUCAAAUUUGAGUUCCAGCCACAUAUGGGAGAUGAGGUGUGUCAGAUCACGGCCCAGCCUCCCGUGCAGGCAGAACUCCUCCUGAGGUUCCAGCAACUGCAGUCCCGCCUGGCCACCCUAAAGAUCGAGAAUGAAGAGAUCAAGAAGACCUCAGAGGCCACUCUCACUACCAUCCAGGACAUGGUGACCAUCGAGGACUAUGAUGUGUCGGAAUGUUUCCAUCACAGCCGCUCCACUGAAUCGGUCAAGUCCACUGUGUCGGAAACCUACCUCAGCAAGCCGAGCAUCGCCAAGAGACGCGCCAACCAACAGGAGACCGAGCAGUUCUAUUUUAUGAAGUUCCGUGAAUAUCUAGAGGGCAGCAAUCUCAUCACUAAGCUCCAGGCAAAGCAUGAUCUACUGAAGAGGACUCUUGGUGAUGGUUACCGGCCUGAAUAUGCGACUACAAGGCCUCCCAGUCUUCCUCCUAAACCGUUUGGCACACAGAGGCCCAGGCCACGCUCUGUAUUUAACGUUAAGCUGUUUAAUGGCAAUUUGGAGUCAUUUGUUAAGGACUCUGGACAAGCAAUACCUCGAGUUGUUGAGAGCUGUAUUCGAUUCAUCAACCUAUAUGGCCUCCAACAUCAAGGAAUAUUCAGAGUGUCUGGAUCUCAAGUUGAAGUCAAUGAUAUCAAGAACUCAUUUGAGAGAGGUAACGAUCCUCUGACAGACGAAGAGAAUAACCACGAUAUAAACUCUGUUGCGGGUGUUUUGAAACUCUACUUUCGAGGUUUGGAGAACCCUCUGUUUCCAAAGGAAAGAUUCAGUGAUCUCAUCUCCUGUAUCAGAAUAGACAAUCUGUAUGAGAGAGCGCUGUAUAUUCGAAAGAUCCUUCUGACUGUACCCAGAUCAGUGCUCGUGGUCAUGCGAUAUCUGUUUGCCUUCCUCAACCACUUGUCCCAGUACAGUGAUGAAAACAUGAUGGACCCCUAUAAUCUGGCCAUCUGCUUUGGCCCCACCCUCAUGCCCACUCCAGAAACUCAGGACCAGGUCUCCUGCCAGGCUCAUGUCAAUGAGGUCAUCAAAACCAUCAUCAUCCACCACGAGACCAUCUUUCCUGAUUCAAAGGAGCUUGACGGCCCCCUUUAUGAGAAGUGUAUGGCUGGCGGAGAUUAUUGUGAGAGUCCAUACAGUGAACAUGGAGCUCUUGAGGAGGUUGAUCAAGAUGGAGGAAUGGAGACCCACACCAGUGAGGAUGAAGGGGAGCCCAUUGAAGCCAUCGCAAAAUUUGAUUAUGUGGGGCGCUCUGCGCGGGAGCUGUCCUUUAAGAAGGGUGCGUCUCUGCUGCUGUACCAGAGAGCGUCAGAUGACUGGUGGGAAGGCAGACACAAUGGCAUAGAUGGUCUAGUGCCUCACCAGUACAUUGUUGUGCAGGAUAUGGAUGACACAUUCUCUGACACACUCAGUCAGAAAGCAGACAGCGAGGCCAGCAGUGGACACGGAGGAGAGGAGAAAUGCUCCAGUAGAGACAUUGGAUCUCCAACGGACAGCAGACUACCUGAUGCCUACAUCAGCAGCAGGCACAGGAAGAGAAGUGACCCUCCGACCCGUAGGCCCCCAGCUCGCCCCACUGACGCCCACUGCAUGGUCCACCCCUCUCAGGGCCACCACGGUAACCAUAGCAGCCACGGUAGUCACGGCACUCCAGAUUUGGGAUCCCCGGUGAUGGGCCACUACAGUCCACGAGAUCUGCUGAGAGGAAGAGGACACAUGCCCAUGGACAGCCCCGAGAGACGCAGACGGACUGGCCACGGCAGCCUGACCAACAUCAAUCGGCAUGAGUCCUUGAAAAAGAUGGAGAGCCCUCCCAUCCGCAGGUCCACGUCUUCAGGCCAGUACACGAGCUUCUCCGAGCCUCACGGCAAGAGCUUGGAUCCAGAGAGCAUCGCACAGGACAUAGAGGAGACGAUGAACACUGCUCUGAAUGAGCUGAAGGAGUUGGAGCGGCAGAGUUCUGCUAAACACGCUCCUGACGUGGUGCUGGACACCCUGGAGCAGAUGAAGAACGCUCCCACACCGGCCAGCUCCACCGAGUCCCUCAGUCAACUCCACGGCCUCCUGUUGCGGCCCGCCGCCACGGAGCCUCCCAUGCGCCGUAGCACCAGCUCCUCUAGCGAUACCAUGAGCACCUUCAAACCCGCUGUGGCCCCGCGCAUGGGAGUGCAGCUCAAGCCCCCCGCCCUGCGCCCCAAACCCAUGGUGGCGAUACCCAAGACGGGAGCGGCACAGCAUCCGGCGCCCCCUCCACAGGAUCCACUGGACAAAUCCUGCACCAUGUGAUUAACUGUGGGAGAUACAUUCAGAGCGACAGAGAGGAUUCAAUGUAAGAUUAGGACCACCGCAGCUAGUGGAUUUUAAUGCCAUUGAACAUUUUAAUUCGCUUUAAAGAGUGAACUAAAGCAAAUAUAGCUAACUAAAGAUACUAGAAAUGGUCAGCAUUAAUGAGGCGGUAGUUUUUAACAGUGUGUGUAUAGAAUGCCAACACUAUUGUAGGGUUUAUUAAUAAACUAGAAUAACAUCGGUGACUAAGCAUGGUUCAGAAGAGUAGUUAGUUAAACAGGUGUUUACUAAACGGACACUCUUAAAUAUAUUUAAAAGACACCUGCAACUAACAGAAAGCUGUUUAUGUGUAUCCAAAAACUUGUCCGACACCUUAUUUUUUCUGCAAUACUCUGUGUGAAUAGAUUAAGGAGUUCUGAAAAUGAUAUUAAGGAAAGCAACAAAUCACUACAGCUUCCUAUGUUGUUAGGGCGACUUUUUAUAUAUCAGUAGUUUACAUCCACUAGAAAAAUUAAAUGUGAAUACUACAGAAACUAAGCAGGGUCUUUGGUUUCUCUGUUUACAGCAUAAGGAUUGUGGGAAAUGUCUUUACAUCUCAGAGUGUUUUCUAGUCAGGACUCUUUGAAGUGAUGAUGUGUGGAAUGUUGAUGUUGGAAACGCACUGCCAUAUAAGGGCAUGUGAUGUCACAUCUUUUGCCCAUCCCGAUUGGCUGUUGAUGUUGAGCGAUUCCAAGUUGAAUCAGUAAGGCUUUGCUUUGAAUAUUAUAUUUUUGAUAGUAAUAUUUGAAUAUAUGGCCAGGGAGUUUGCGUAAACCACAUCCGCUUACGUUGGAGUAACAUUUUUCUUGUUUUUUUUUGUUGUUUUUUUUAAGUACUUCACUCAUUUUCUUAUUUAGAAUGAAAGAAAUAUACAUCGUGUAUAUAAAUGUACAUCCACUAAACCUUUUUUUUUGUGUGUGUGUGUGUGUGUCUUUUACGUACAUUACUUCCUCCCAGGUCAAUUUGGAACAACAGCUCAAUAUAAACAAUAUUUUUUUAGUAUCUAUCUGCUUAAUUAGAGGUAAUCUGUGAAUAGUAAAGUCUAGCUGCCAAAAAAAAGUAAAGUUCUUCAAGUGCUGCUUAGAGUUUGAUGCGGAUAGGCUACGAGAAUCAUUUCUUUGUCUGCUUAGCUGUCUAAAACGCUCGGCUGGGUUCUAUCCUAUAAGCAUGAACGAUAAUCCUUUUAGUUGUCAUAUGCAAGUACUUUUCUAGAAACUUUUGAGGCAAUAUUUCUUGUUGUUUCACAAAACAAGGGAAUGAUGCCAAUAGCCAUGGACUCAGAGACUGUUACUGCAGUACUUUCGUGGGAUAGUGCUGUUUCUUUUGUGUGCUAGAGGUCCAUUAACCCUUAGUAAUAAUGUCACAUACAGCACCACACCCAAAUGAAGUCAGUCACAUGACAUACCCAAAGACAAAUAAAUAUGUAUAGCAUCAGUCACUCCAGUGUAUUUGCACUCCAAAAUGAAAAAUCUGGGAUUUCGUAUUCAGUAUAUCAAUCUGAUGUUCUCAAUCUGUGCAUCAACAUUCACAUUAUUAUGACAGUUUGACAGUAGUUUAGUGUGUGUACUUGUACUGUAUUCACUGAUAAUUAUACAAGAGUUUACUCAUAUUUAGGUAGAAUAUGCUAUGAAAUGUGUUUGGAUGAUGUUAAGAAAUUGCCCAUCGCUGAACUAAGGGGACAAACUUUAAGAAAAAUAUAAGCAAUGCCUGUUUUCAAACAUGUAAUUAUAAGAAACAUACUAAAGCCUUUUGAUUACCAAUUUAUAUUGAGUGAUAUUACAAGUGAUAACAAAGUGUUUUUUAUUUUCUUUUAUUUUUUAAGAGUGUACAUUACGUUGAUAUUUGAGAUCUUAUGUCUCUCAGCUAAGCCUUGAGAAAUGUUCUCCCUGCAAAACUACACACAAAGUAGCAAAAUCUCUGUAUGUACUUAAUUGCUGUUUUAUCAGUGUGUCCAUGUACAUUUCUGUACUAUGUACUUGUGAAAGUGCCUUUAAAAACUGUUUUAGAGGAACUUCAUACAAAUGUCCUCUGUGCCGUGGCAUUCUUAUUUCAGAUUCAGUAUACCGAGUUGCUAGGGAUUACAGUAAAUAAAUUAUUACUAACGUUGUUCUGUUUAUUAAGUUGUAAGAAUGAUCAAAUAGUAAACAUACUGCUUAGCCAUUGUGACAUUGCACUUUUAUGUAAGACUGUAUAUUUGGCAUGUAACAUCCUAACAAGUUGUAGAGCUUUUGAAGGACCGCUCAGUCUUUCUAAUAAAGAAUAUAGUUUGGUCAGUUCACUGAGGUGUUGGCUUGUAUCUCCUCUUCCUCCUCAGACUGUGUUUUCUUAAAGUAUAAGUUUGUAUGUGAUGACACAUUAAUAAAUGCACAUGGUGAAGUCUUCACAA